CUGAAACCCCGGCGGGCGGCUGCGUCACGGCGCCGAGGUCAGCGGCUGAUCAUGGAGGAGUAUGCCCGUGAACCCUGUCCUUGGAGAAUAGUAGAUGACUGCGGAGGUGCAUUCACGAUGGGGGCCAUCGGUGGGGGGGUGUUUCAGUCCAUCAAAGGCUUCAGGAAUGCGCCUGUGGGCGUACGACACCGGCUGAAAGGCAGUGCGAACGCUGUGAGAAUUAGAGCACCGCAGAUCGGUGGAAGUUUUGCUGUGUGGGGAGGCCUCUUCUCUACCAUAGACUGUGGCCUGGUGCGGCUGAGGGGUAAAGAAGACCCCUGGAACUCCAUCACCAGCGGAGCCAUGACUGGAGCCAUUCUGGCAGCACGCAGUGGGCCUUUGGCAAUGGUCGGCUCUGCCAUGAUGGGGGGCAUUCUACUGGCCCUGAUUGAAGGAUUUGGUAUUUUACUCAACAGAUACACAGCUCAGCAGUUCCAGAAUCCGAGUCCAUUUCUGGAUGACCCCAGUCAGCUUCCUCCUAAGGACGGAAGCCAUGGGCAGGACAACCGUGGCUAUGGACAGUACCAGUAGAAUUACUGUUUUCCUGCUGUGACUUUGACUCUGCGGAUGGGGGAAAAUAACAGUUGGAGGUUUUAUUGUACACAACUUUUACGUGGUAAGGUGCCCUCUGGACAGGUAGUGGGGGUUCACCUUACCCUCCUUAAAGUCUGCAUUUAUAAUAAUUGCUCAGGGGCAGUAAGUCGUUUAUUGUGUUAUUUAUGUAUGAGCUGUAAUUAUACACUUCAGUAUUUAAUGAAUUGAACAGGGAAGUUUUAGCACCAGAAAUGCUAAUGUGUGUAAUGCGAGUAUCAGUCGUGUUUUGAUAAUUAUGUAUUUAAAUGGCAUUGAGACGGCCACACGUAGAAAAUGUAUCCUUUUUAGAACAAAAUUCAGUUCAGAAAAUUAACUUUCAGUACAUAUACAGCAAACAUAUUUGUAGCAGUUUGACGGAAAAGGCUAUGGCGGCCAUUAUUUACUCUUAUUUACUGUACUUGUAAUAACAAGAAUUUGUUUUAUUCCUCAAAACCUUAUUAUGAUAUUACACAAGACAUAAGAUCUUGAGAAAAUGAAACUAUUUUAUCAGGAUACUGAUAGAAUUUAUUUAAAAUGGGUCCUUUUUUAUUGCUGUGAUUAUUGCUUAUAGAAAAUGAAACAUUUUUACAAUCUUAAUAAUAAUCUCAGAUGUUGAGAUUAUAUGCGUGUGUAUGUGAGUGUGUUGGUGUGUGUACACCACUUAUUUCCAAGCUCUGUGUUGCAAGAGUGAGCCAUCUAUAUUUUUCAGUUGUUUAUUAUGAAAUCACACAGCCCCGCUACUGUGAUACUAUACAGCAUGUGUAGUAUACGCUCUUUUAAACUACAUCCUGUUCCCAUCAUUUUGGUGGGCUGCACUCAACUGGAACUAAUGCACCAUUCAACACUCCAUAGUUGCACAUUUUGUGUAUCAGCAAAUCUCAAGUAACAUAUUUUAAUUAUUUUUGUAUAAAACGUAUUAUUACUGAAAAACAUCAAAAAGCCAAAAUGCUACUUCAAAGCCAGAUUGGACAGUCUUGAAUUUUGAGCUUACUUCACACAGCUAAUAGGUUUGUGGAAUAUGUUACUUUUGCCACAUGUAUCUGGGUAUUAUAUUUGUUGUUUUUUCCUGUCAUGUUGGCCUCACAGCCACAAAAAAAAUAGUUUUUCCUGAAGUUUUUUAGUGUGGACAAACAACACACAUUUCUAGCAGCCAAAAUAUAUCGGUCACCUUCACUUAAAAUAACAUUUAAAUGUUGGUUAUUUAAAGCUAGCUGAUCCAGUGUUACAGUUUACACUUUACACAAUGCACUCUUUUAAGCAUCAUGGAUAUGACUUAAUUUCUAAAUAAAGUAACAGGGACUGCCUGUGUAUAUUUUAGUCAUUUCUGUUGUUCUGUCCAUGUAUUAUUUAUUGUGCACUAUAAGUAAGGAGAAAAUGUUGAUGUAUGAUUAAAGUAUUUUGUUGUUAAA